CGCUGGCUCCCGCCGCCCUCCGCCCUCCUCCGCCGGGUCGGGUCGCGGCCCCCGCUCGCCCUCGGCCGGAGAGCCCGCCCGCGCCCAGGCCCUGGAGCGCCCGCCGGGAGCGCGCCGGCCCGCCGAGCCCGGAGCCCGCGCAGCCUCCAGGUCUCACCUGAGGUGCCCCUGACGGUCCCUGCCCCCCAGCGCCCCCCGCACCCCGGCAAUGCUAACCGCUGUCUGCGGCUCUCUGGGCAGCCAGCACUCGGACGCGCCUCACGCCUCGCCUCCGCGCCUGGACCUGCAGCCCCUCCAGACAUACCAGGGCCACACGAGCCCGGAGGCGGGGGACUACCCCUCCCCGCUGCAGCCUGGGGAGCUGCAGAGCCUCCCGCUGGGCCCUGAGGUGGACUUCUCGCAGGGCUAUGAGCUCCCGGGGGCCUCCUCCCGCGUAACCUGCGAGGACCUGGAGAGCGACAACCCCCUGGCCCCGGGACCCUUCUCCAAGCUCCUGCAGCCAGACAUGUCACACCACUACGAGUCGUGGUUCCGGCCGACUCACCCGGGCACCGAGGAUGGCUCCUGGUGGGACCUUCACCCGGGGACCGCCUGGAUGGACCUCCCGCACACGCAGGGCGCGCUGGCCUCCCCUGGCCACCCGGGGGCGCUGCAGGCCGGCCUGGGGGGCUACGUCGGAGACCACCAGCUCUGCGCCCCGCCGCCCCACCCGCACCCGCACCACCUCCUCCCGGCCGCCGGGGGGCAGCACCUCCUGGGGGGGCCUCCCGACGGUGCAAAAGCCCUGGAGGCGGUGGCCCCGGAGGCCCAGGGGCUGGAUUCCGGCCUGGACGGGGCGGCGCGGCCCAAAGGCUCCCGGCGCUCCGUGCCCCGCAGCUCCGGCCAGACCGUGUGCCGCUGCCCCAACUGCCUGGAGGCGGAGCGGCUGGGGGCGGCUCCAUGCGGGCCCGACGCGGGCAAGAAGAAGCACCUGCACAACUGCCACAUCCCCGGCUGCGGCAAGGCCUACGCCAAGACGUCGCACCUGAAGGCGCACCUGCGCUGGCACAGCGGCGACCGGCCCUUCGUGUGCAACUGGCUCUUCUGCGGGAAGCGCUUCACGCGCUCCGAUGAGCUGCAGCGCCACCUGCAGACGCACACGGGCACCAAGAAGUUCCCCUGCGCCGUCUGCAGCCGCGUCUUCAUGCGCAGCGACCACCUGGCCAAGCACAUGAAGACGCACGAGGGCGCCAAGGAGGAGGCUGCGGGCGCGGCCCCGGGCGCCGAGGGCAAGGCCGGCGGCGCGGCGGAGCCCCCCGGGGGCAAAGGCAAGCGGGAGGCGGAGGGCGGCGCCGCUCCCUCCAACUGAGCGCCUCCCGCGGCCUCCCCGCUGGCCUGCCUCCCCCGGGCAUGGGGCAUGGGGCAUCGGAGAGAGCCGGCCGGCCUGGGUCCCGGGGGGCGGCUUGGGGGGAGCAGAAGGUGCUUAUUUAUUGAGAGGGGUGAGAGGCGGUGUGGGGUCGGGGAGAGGGGGCGCUAGCGGUGUUGUAGUGUCUGUGGCCGGACAGGACGCGUUGGCCUGUUGGGCUGGCCGGGAUGUGCUGGGGGGAGGGUGGGGAGCUGCGUGUGCCCCUCCGUUCUGGGGUCCCUCCGCGGGAGGGAUGCGACGGCCGGAGGGCGGAGGGGACGCGCACCCCGGGAACACGGAGGCCGGGGCCGCCCCUGCGCCCGCCCCGCCGGGGGGACCUGUCUGGACGCGCCCUCGGCGCCUGGGAACCAGGACAUAAAAGCGCCUCCGGAUCCGCCCUGUGGCCUGGCCCCUUUCAUCCCCUCCUGGUCCUUUCCCCGGGGUUUCCGGAGGGAGAGCCGAGACUGGGCAGGGAGGCUGAGGGUCCCCUUCGGGGAGGGCUCUCGCUUGGCCUGGGAGGCUGUGGCUGUAAAAGGAACUCCUUUGGGGCGCCUCCUGGUCACCCUUCCAGACCCGGCGUGAUGGAGCCAUGAGGAAAGGCGGGAGAGGGCCGGAGUCCGGGCAGCUUCCCGGCUAGCCCUCCCUGUGGGGCGGAGAGAGGAGACCGGUGUGGGGCAAGCAGGUCCCCUUCUGAGAGGAGAGGAAGCAUUGUAAUGGGGAAUGGGAGAAGCAGACCCCUUCCGUUUGGAGCUCGGAUUCGGUCCUUUGCUCUCGGUCUUGAUGACAAAUAAGGUUCAGUAGUCCCCACUCCCCAUCUGACACCCCCAGCCCCUCCUCCACCACCCUGGGAGCUUUAGAGGCUGCCAGGAGCCCCCGCUCUAGAAUUCAUGUAGUUCCUCAUCCUAGGCUCCCCACCAUCUGCCUCCCCCCGCGGGGAUGGAAGUGACGGGGUGACCACGGCUUGUGGCUUGUGGGGGUCAGGAGGGGGUGCCCCAGCAGAGGGAGCUUGGGGCCCCUCCUGUAGGGGGUGUGUGUGGGCCCCAUCCCUCUCCACAGGAGUGGCUCUCCCACCGGGAGGGGGCUGCCUCCUGGGCAGAAGGGAGGGAGGAGUCCAGCAGAGGCGAGGGGGGGCAGGAGCCGGGGAGGGGAGAGGGUGGAGCGAGCGGACUCUCCCGGGCUUGAUAUGGAGGCAGCAGGGUUCCCCCUGACCUCCCCUCUUCCCUUGCAAAGCCUUUUGUGAGGAUUAGUUGUGUAUUGGUUUUUAAGUUAUAAGCAAAGGGUAUUUUAUUUAAUAUUAGGGCAUGUGUUUGUGCAUAUCGUGUGUGUAUGUGAGUGCGUGCAUGUGAGUGCGUGUGUGUGUGUGUGUGUGUGUGUGUGUGUGUGUGUGUUUCUCUACUGAGCCUGUGGUCUCCAGCCAGGGAGACCCUACCUUGUUCACCCCGUCCAAGGCCCCGGGCUUUGGGCCUGCGGUGUCUCUUCCUCCUUCGGGGACGGGGGGCCCAGUCCCAGGAGCUCACUGGGAAACGGGGCUGGGAUCUGGGUGGGAGUGUGUGUGUGUAGAAGGGAGUCCUUCCAUGGGACAGGGUGACUCUCCCAGCAGGACGCCUGGGCCUGGGGUAGUGUAAGAAAUAAUGUUCUUUCUUUCUGUUCCCUCUGACCCCCUGCCUCCUGCUCACCCAGCCUGAGGUCCCCUUCCUUGGCGCGAGGGUUGGGGGCAGGAGCGAGCUGGCAGUGCCCGCAGGUUGCCGGGCCGGGAGAGGGGGGGGAGAGAGGGAGGGCACCGUGGGUGUGAGAUGCCUUUCUCCUCCACCCAUCGAAACCAGCCGCCACCUCCCUGCGCUGCUGGGACGGCGGCUUUCCCAGUGACCAUCCGACGGGGAACUCCCCGAGGGAGCGUUGGUGGGGGUGGGGGACCUGGCCGCCCCCGCGUGGAGGCCCCCAGCUCCGAGGUGCCCGGUGAGGGCUUUGGUUAGGCUUUCUGUCUGCCCCCUUCUAGGCAGCCCCCUAGAGGAGAAAUGUAGGAAUUUUUUUUCUUUAACUGCUGUGAACCCACUUUGUUGGGGUGGGGGAGGGAGGAGAGGAAGAAGCAGCCUGUGUUUUUUAUGCCACAAUAAAGUCGUCAACCACA